AUCUCCCUGCAUUUUCACUGUUCUCUCUCGGAUCCAAACCCCCCCCACCAGUUGCUUGAUUAAGUAUGAUCACAAGAUCAAGUUGUGGGUAGUACCAUAUCCAUCCUCCGUCCUGACACUAGAUCUCGUUUUUCUUCUUUUCAAAGAUCGGACACUAACUGCCGUGCAGAUAAAUGGUUUGCGUUGUAAUCCGGCGGCGCGUGCUUGUCAUGGCGGUGCUUCUGACUUGCGCCGCCUUGCCGCGUCCGGCGGCGCCGCAUCCGAACGACGAGCAGUGCUUGACCCAUCUGAGCAGGACGUUGCAGGAUCCGAUGAAGAAUCUGCAGAAUUGGACCGGAGAGACGUUCGCCAACCCUUGCCAAGACUUCACGUCGUACCUGCAAGGCGCCACCUGCGACAAUGGCCGCAUCUACAAGCUCUCGCUCCCCAAUCUCUCUCUGAAAGGCUCCAUUUCGCCCUACCUCUCCAAUUGCACGAAUCUCCAGGCUUUGGAUCUCUCAUCCAACUCCCUCACCGGCUCAAUUCCGCCGGAGAUCCACUCCCUGGUGAACCUCGCCGUCAUCAACCUCUCCUCGAACAGCCUCUCCGGUCCGAUCCCGCAGAAGCUCGCCCUCUGCGCUUACCUCAACAUCGUCGAUCUCCACGACAACUACCUCUCCGGCGCCAUUCCUCCGGAAUUCGGCUUUUUAGCGCGGCUCUCCGCCUUUGACGUCGCGAACAACAGAUUAUCCGGGGAGAUCCCGGCGUCGCUGGCUUACCGGAGCGGGAAAUUGCACAGAAUCAAUGCGAGCUCGUAUGAGGGGAACAAGGGGCUUUACGGGUACCCGUUACCGUCCAGGAAGAGAAAUGGGCUAUCCGUUUUAACUAUCGUGGGUAUCGGGUUGGGUAGUGGGCUCUUGAGCUUGUUGGUUAGCUUUAGCGCUGUUUGUAUGUGGCUGAGAGCUAGCGAAAGUAGAACGGCUUCCGAUGAUGGGAAAGUUGAUGAUUAAUUAAUGGAAUGGUUUCUCACAUUUUUUAUGUACUCCUUUUGUCUCUAAAUAUUUUGUCAAUUGUAUUUUCGAGGAAGGUCUAAGUGCUAAACACAUGUGCAAAAGUGAUAUUUCAACAGGAAAACGGGGCGUCAAGCAGGUAGCAAUUGAGAUCUGCACUUACUAAUAUACAAAAAAUCCUAAUCUGUCGUCGAGGCAGAGAGAUUGUGCACUACGUGUAAUUCUAGAGAGGAGAUGCAGUGUCAGGGUUGCAAUGUUGAGCAAAAGGUUGGAGAAGAUCCGAGUGUAGUUUUUACUUUUUUGAAUAUUUUUUUCAAUAAGAUGAAAUAAAUUAUUGUAGUAUUUACACUGUUAGUUUGUCUCAUUUGAUUUUCAAAUGUUGAUUAUGAGUUUGCUUUUACUUAAUGGAUCUGGAUGUACGAAGCAUGAAAAAUAAGGCAUUUGAUUGUUU